UGGUUUCAAAAAUUGCUAUUUCCACACAAGGAUCGUGUAGUCAUAGGUGAAGAUGGUGCCCCACUGGUCCUGAGAACACACCUCGAGAGGGAGAUGCAGGAUUGGGGCGAGGGCCCCACAGCUGAGGGCUGAGGCCAACCAGGUCUCUGCAGCGAGGAAGGAGGUGAGUCACGGCGCCGGCUACGCAGAAAGCCGGCGGCCUGGCCGGGCGGGGGGCGGGGGGGCGGAGGGGGGGGGGACGGGAGUCGGGGGGGCGGGGGUGCCUCGAAGGAAGGCUAUGCUUCUCCCCUCCCGAGGCGAGACCCUGGAACCACGGCGAGCGCAGGAGGGGGCCGCCCGGUCUCGGAUCCGGGAGCUCCCGGACGCCUGGGCUCACAGAACCCGCGGCGGCACCACAGCCCAAACCUGGGGGACCGGGGGAGACAUUUUGGGUGCACCGGCAAAACUCGUCCCCAGGGCUGGGGUCGUCCUGGCAACCAGAAGGGUGGUGUGUGCCAGUGUAAGUAACCCGGUCGGGCAACAGGUACACGGCCUGGGUUCCGCAGGAACCCCUCUCGCUCCCCAAGUCCGAGUGCACAAAAACCCGGGUCCUUUCUCCGCCGCGGGCUCGGAAGGACCGCCCGCAAGGACGACGGGCCGCGGGACCGGUCUCGCGGAAAGCCGCCGGGCAGCCGGGAGCUGGCGACCGAGCGCCGCCGGGCCCCCCGCCCCCGGGGAGUGGGGGCGAGGGAGGGCGCAGAGCCCGGCGCUGGCCUUGACGGGGGUCUCGGCUCGCGUUCCCUUCGCGGGCGCAGGCACCGCCCGCCCGCCCGCCGCCCGGAGGCUGGCGCCGCGUGUCCCGCACCGAGGGCGGGCACCGGCCGCCGCUUGCAGAGCACCAGCCGCGCGCGGGGCUGCCGCUUCUCCGAGAGCCCAACAGAUUUCAAAGGUUGCACCGGGGCAUCUCCACCAUAAUGCACAACCUACUGUCUAGCAGUGUUUUCAGGCUGACGCAUCCAGGAGUUCCAGAAAAUGAAGAAGUAGCCCUGCCACUCUCCACACCUCUUUACCAAACCCUUCAAAGCAGUAGCUCUAAAACUAAACUCCAUCUGGAUGUGUCCCGACAAUGAAGUGUCGCCUAAAUGAUAACCCGUUCAGAAGAUGCGCUCUGUGAAAUGACAUUCCCUCUGGAAACGGGCAAUUUCCAAAACCUGGGCUUUAGGUAUCCCAUGUUCCCCCCGCCCUCCGCCUUCCCCCAAUCCCCCCCCUCCCUCCCCAGACCCAAAAGUUCAACACUCCGUUCCCAAAUCUAGAAAAGGCAACAAAAACCCAGGAAGGUGAGAAGCUCUCUCUAGGACAACGGUGCCCAAGUCCUGAUGCCGGUUUUAGAAUGCCUCCCAGCCACCUUGUUUUUUUUGAGGUUUACUGACCUGCACUCUGGCUUCAGACACAUCCAUGAAUCUUGCAAGCUCCUGGCUGAGGGGAGAAAAUCACAAGUAUUCAGUAUGUGGAGUUGGGGGUGAUUUAAAUAAAAUACAGUGUAUUUUGUUCCUCUCUUUAAAAA